AUGGAGCCAUCGCGAACCAUACAGGCCAUAGAUGCAGCGGCUUGCGCGUCUGUUCCAUCUGUGGCGCCCGAGCCAGCCGCCGCAGCGCCGCCAAGGCGCCAGCACCACCCUCGCAAGCCCAAGGUGCCGCGCGCCGCGUCGCCGCCCGCCGCCGUCGUGGCGGCCGCCGCGGCCGAGGUCUUGGAAUCGGAGAUCGACCAGAUUCUCCUGAAAACCAGCAAAAGGAAGGGGAGGAAGGAGAUCCCUGCCGACCCCCAGGUCAGGGACUCCAUCCGCCGGCGCAUCGCGGAGAGCCGGGUCAAGAAGCAGUCGCGCCUCAGCUUCCACUGCCCCGCGUGCACCACGGUGCUCAGCCGCUCGGGCACGCUGGCGGCGCACGUCGCGCGGUGCUGCUCCGACAUCCUGGACCCGAAGGCCGUGCAGCGGGCGUCCGACGCCGGCGACGCGGCCGCGCUGCAGCAGCUGCUCGACGCCGCAGGCCUGGCGGAGAGCAAGCUGCGGCGCCGUGCGCUGGAGAUAACCUUUUUGCCCAACGGCGUCCGGACCACGGCAUAUGCAGUCCCGGGCGAGGCCGGGCCAGCGGUGACCGCGGCGGCGGGGGCCACGCAGACCGUGGAAGAAGAUGAGGAAGAGAUGCCGCUCGACGGCGCCGCCGCCGUCGCUGCUGCGGCCGCUGCCGCGGUCGUGGCGGCGGAGGAGGCGGAGUUUUCUUCGUUCCUGGAAGCGGCCAACAGGGCAGCGGAUGAAGCGCUCGGCGCGCAGGGGGACGGCGGCGGCGGCAGCAGCGGCGGCGGCGACGGCGGGGCGCCAAAGGUCAGGGCGCCGCGGCUGCCGGUUCCGAAGGGCGACACCGCGGCGCUUGGCAGCAAGCGGCAGCGGAUUGCGGAGGCGCCGGCUGACAUUGCUGCGCAGCUGGGCCUCCCGUUGGAAAGGUCUGAGCGGCUGCUGCUGCGCGCGAUGCGGGGCAUACCCCUUGCUCACGACCGGGACGACCCGGUGCAGGUGGUAUACGAGGACGAGCAUUUCAUUGCCGUCUGCAAGCCCCCAAACGUCCACUCGGCUCCCACGCACAGAUGGCGCGGCGGCAGCAUGGUCAACCGCCUUCUGGCGCAUAUGGGUGGCAAGCCGCCGUACCUGAUGCACCGACUGGAUGUGGACACCAGCGGCCUGCUGCUGUUUGGCAAGGUGGCCGAGGUCGUGCCCGGCGUCAUGCAGCAGUUCAGGGAGCGCACGGUCGCAAAAGAGUACCUGGCAAUUACAGUCGGCGCCCCCCAGCCCCCAGACCCCUCCGGCGCCUUCGACGUGGACGCCCCCAUCGGCCGCCACCCCUCGAUCGAGACCGCGCGCCGCGUCGCGCCGCCGGAGGACGAGGAGGGCAAGCCGGCCGCCACUGGCUUCAAAGUUGAGGCCGCCAACCCGCAGGCGCCGCUGGUGGAGCCGGGCGCGGGCUGCGAGGCCGGGCAGCUCUGGCACGAGCGGGGGCCGCGGAUCGGCGGCGGCGGCGGGGGCGGCGGCGACGACGCGAGGAGCAUAGAUGGGCUCGUCGGCGCGGCGAUAGUGCGGUGCUUCCCCAAGUCGGGGCGCACCCACCAGAUCCGCGUGCACCUCGCGCACGCGGGGCACCCCAUCAUCUCCGACGCGGUGUACGGCGUCACCGGCCCCUGGAUGCCGCGGCAGGCGCUGCACGCGCUGGCGCUGACGAUAACGCACCCGCUGACGGGGCAGCGGCUGCGGAUGGUGGCCCCGCUGCCGGAGGACUUUCGGGCGGCGGCGCAGCAGCUGGGGCUGCAGCCGCCGUCGGACGCGCUGUGA